AUGAACAGUGUUCUGAGAUCUCAUCUUUUGAGGCAGGUUCGACUUCCCAGUACACGCAGCUCAUCUCUGGAAAAACAACGAAUUAACAGUGCUCGAGGACCUCCAGCAGGCGAGCCCUCGUCCUCCAGCGAGCUCGGCCUCCUCCUCCUGAAGAGGCCCGCACGCGUAUGCCUGGCGCGGAGGCUGCGGCCACCUGCGCUCUUCGAGCGCUGCUCGGGCGUCAGGCAGGGCACUGCGAUGCGAUUGCGGUGCGGUGCGACUGCAAGGCGACGCGAGUGCAAUGCAACGGGGGAAGUCAACGGUGCGGCGGCGACCGCGCCCGCACACCGCUCCCGGUCCUUCUCUGGUGUCAGCCUGUGGACCCUCAAGCAUGUCCUGUGCAAGUGA